UUGUUCAUGAAGAAAGCCGAGUCCAGAUAAGGACAGUUGGACUUAAUUAAGGGCUUGUGGGAGAGAAGGAGGUGGUGGUUUCCCUGCUUCUCAGGCACGGGGCUCCUGCCUCUCGUGGUGGGUGGUGGUGGCCAGGAGCCCAGUGGGUGGCCCAGCACCAGCAUCAAUCCUAGCGGGUGGCCUCAGCCUUUCCGGGUAGAUGUCACCAAAGUGUCCCAGACAGUCUCUCAGAGCAAGAGCCAGGGAGUGUGCGCCCACACCCUGGGUCCCACAAUCUCCAGGUCCUUGCUCUGCAGCCCUGGGUCCCCGCUUGGGUGCUACCUCAUCAGCACUGAUGAGACCUUUGAGAAAAGUGCAGCGGUUCAAAGUGACAUUAUAGAAAGAGCAGAACAGUUUCCAAAGUAGAAAGAAGGAGAAAACCGCUUCUACUUCUACUACUUAGAGAUGAUAACCCUUAGUAUUUGGGAAUAUCCAAAAAGAAAAAAAUAUUUUUUCUUUUUAAAGAUUUUAUUUAUUUAUUAGAGCAAGAGAGAGCAUGAGCAGGGAGAGCUACAGAGUGAUGGAGAAGCAGGCUCCCUGCUGAGCAAGGAGCCCCAUGUGGGGCUUGAUCCCAGGACCGUGGGAUCAUGACCCCAGCAGAAGGCAGAUGCUUAACUGAGCCACCCAGGUGUCCCCACCCAGUCUUUUUCUGUCGGUGACGCUGCUACCCAGCUAGAGGUGACAUUUGUUCCCCUUCAUUGACAGCGUGACAUAUUUCCUUCAUGCUCUUAUAUAUUGUGUGUCCCCGCCCCGGACAGCUGCAUCUGAAUUCAUCCAGGGCCCAUUCCGUAACUUAGUGUCCAUUUCUCUGUUGUUGAUACCUAGUGGGUUGGCCAGGAGUCCCCGCACAGGCAGAGGGCUACCCAGAAACCAUCCUGGGAGACGGAGCCAGGAAGAGCCAAAUGGAGGCCGUGGGGAUGAGGCUGCUGGUUUCACACGCUUGGCCUCAACCCUUUUGUGCCUGAACUCAAACCCCGUUUUUCUGGGAGUGAGAGUGCUCGGCUUGGAGAGGACGCAGGGGGAUCGCAGCGCCCAGGGAGGGCACGUGAUUCUGCGGAGACGGGCGCAGGGUGCGGGCACAGGGCGCAGGCGCACGGCGCCGCCGUUCCGGCCGGGCUGGGUGCUGGGUGCUGGGUGCCGGCCACCAGCAGGCUGGGCUCGGAGAUGGCCUCCCAACCGCCGUCCGCCCCCUUGUGCUCGGAAUCCCUGGAUGAUGACCUGAAGACCGUGUCCGAGCUGCAUAGAGCGAAGCUGCCCUCGAUGCCCUCCAGCGAUCUUGAGCACCUCUUCCGCAAGCUGCCGGCUGUGAUCAGGGCCUAUGGCCGCUUCAAGCUGUUGACUUUGGAGGCGCGCCAGAACCGGCUGCUGGCUCCCCUUGACCCCCUAGAGGUCAGCAAGGACUCUCCACCACCCGAGGAGCACCCGAAGUCUGAGAAGAAGUUCUGGGGCGACCAGGAGACCCUCUCGAAGAUCCCAUUUAAAAUUCUGAGGGGACACAAGGACCUUGUGAGCUCCUGUAGCUUCUGUGUGGAUGACACGAAGUUCCUCAGCUGUUCCCAUGACAGUACCCUGAAGCUGUGGGAUGCUGUGGAUGGCUUCGUUAUUCGGGAUUUCGAUCAUAAGCCCAAAGCUCCUGUCUUGGAGUGCAGCGUGACGGCUGACAGCAAAAGAAUUAUCACAGCGUCCUACGACAAAGCGGUGAAGGCUUGGGACCUUGAGACAGGCAAGCUGCUGUGGAAGAUCAAUUACGAAACCUUCAUAGCCUCCUGCAAGGUUUCUCCUGAUGGCAAAUAUGUGGUCUUAGCCCUGGACGUGGACCGGGCCAUCUGUAUAAUGGAUGCAGAAAACACCACCACCGUGUCAUACAUCAAAAAUCAUCACAACCGGUCUCUCACAGCAUGCUGCUUUGACCCCGACAGCCAGAAGGUGGCUUCUGUUUCACUGGACAAAAGCAUCAAGAUCUGGGAUAUUACAUCCCAGGCCACGCUACUUACCAUCACCAAGGCACAUUCCGGUGCAAUCUCAAACUGCUGCUUUACCUUCAGUGGCCAUUUCCUGUGUACAAGCUCCUGGGAUAAAACCUUAAAAAUAUGGAAUGUCCAUACGGGGGAGUUUCGGAACUCUGGAGCCUGUGCGACUCUGAUGAAGGGCCAUGAAGGUUCUGUGAGCUCCUGCCACUUUUCCAGAGACACCUCUGUUCUCGUGUCUGGAGGGUUUGACAGGACUGUGGCUAUCUGGGAUGUAGGAGAAGGCUACCGGAAGCUCUCCUUGAAGGGCCAUAGUGACUGGGUGACAGACGUUGCCAUUAGCAACAACAAGAAAUGGGUCCUGUCUGCUUCAAAGGACAAAACCAUGAGACUAUGGAAUAUUGAAGAAAUUGACGAAAUUCCUCUGGUAAUCAAGUGCAAAAAGGCCCUGGGCUUAAAGGUGAAACAGUGUGAAGUAUGUGACAGGCCUUUCUGCAACUACGAAAGUGACAUCUUUUCUGAAACGGUCACCAAAUGUGUGUUCUGCCGGAUGGAUGCAAAAGGCUCGUUAACAGAGGCCUCAUCAUCAUUAGGAGGGGAAGACUCACCGUUACAGGAGUGCAGCCCGACCGCCAAUGAAUGACUGAUGCUCACUGGGCUUGGGCUUGCUGACUGACUUGAGCACGGGUCCCCUGUGAAGCAGGUUUUGGGGCUCUGAAGGAACCUCUCGCUCCGGCUGGACCCAGCCUGGGUGAGCAUGUCAGACUGGGGCAGGGGCACUGCCUCAGCUCCACAGCCCCCUUGGGGAUCAAACACUGUUUUUAGAUUUCAUGCAGAAUAAAUCUCCAUUCCUUUAGA